GAACAACAACAAUCACUAAGCCUCACUGAUAUCCUUAUGUUCUCCAGCAUAUCAUCGCUUCAACAAAAUCCGUUUGAAUCAUUGAGAGAUUGUAUGCCGUCGACUGCAAGAUGUUCUCUUUCUCCUAUGUCUUCGCUCUGGCCAAUUUUAUGAGUUCCAUGGUUACAUGCACACUUUUUGAACAACAGAGGCUGUUUAGUUCGAUCGAUGUGACUUCUAAGCCAUCUAUUCCCGGCGGUUCAACAUUCGAAUACUGCUCCGAAUCAGAUCCAGAAAAUGACAUCUUCAUAAUAGAAAAGAUCAAAUGGGAUCCUAAUCCGCCAACGAUCUCUCGUGAACAAAAGCUUCUUGUCUUCGGAACUUUCUCGCAACGAAUCCCCUCGUCCGCCAACGGGACGGGAACAGUCUACAUACCAGAGUGGCACAAUCCGGAGUCCCCCGCUUCCAACUACACCGAAACAAGCCCGUUCUGCACCUGGCCCAACUUCGUCUACCAAACUGACGAAGCGCGUGGUUUACACAAGGUUUGUGAUGGUGCUGUCGGAGCGAACUUCAGUGCGCCAGAAGCAGGGUCGGCAAUAUUGGUUAGUGAGGAUAUUUUGUUUUGGCCAUUGCCCGAGGGAGAGUAUGGGCUCAAAUUGGAUAUGUUGAUGCUUAAGGAUGAGGAAGGAGAAGGCGGAGAGAGAAUCUUUUGUUUCGAAGGGAAGGUGGAUUUAAGUUAUUAAUCAC